ACCAAACGGUUCGAAUUUCGAAACGCUCCAUUCGUCCCCACCGGCCACCCCUCUCCAUCUCUCCAGCUCACCGCCUUCACAAUCCCCACAUCACAUCGCCGCUUCGGAUCGAAUCCACCUCAUCUCGACGCGCGCCGCCAUGGAUUUCCCCAAGCGAGAGCGAGCACUUCCCCAAGGUUCCCCGCGAAGGAGCCCCAAGGCGAUGAGGCCCGGAGCGGCCACGGAGGCCGACGAGAACGCGAGCCCCAAGCGUCCCGUGGCGGCGUGGGCCGCGUCGCCGCAGAGGAAGAAGGUGCUGGGGGAGCGGAACGACGGCGGCGGCGCCAGCAUGGAGACCGUGGCGUCGCCGCCACCGCCGCAGCCGAAACCGGCUCCGAGCCCGCCGACGCUCACGGGCCGCGGCGCGGGGGCGUACGACCCGAAGACGAACUACACCACGCCGCGGCCGGAGUUCCUGCGCUACGACCCCGAGCGCCGCCGCGAGAUCCUCCUCCGGGUGGCGCGCGCGGCGGAGGUGGACGACUGCUCCAGCUCCGCCUCGGGCACCGGGGCCUCGGAGGACGACGGUGGCUCCGUCUCCUCGGACGCCGCGGCGGCGUCACCCGUCUCGUUUGCGCGAAGGAGCGACUCCGAGGCCGAGCUUGACGACAGCGACGACGACGACGACGAGGAGGAGGUGGCCCAACCGCGUCGAGGUCGGUGGGAGCGGCGGCUGUUUCUUCUGCUCGUCGCUGUGGCCUGCUCAUUCUGCUACAUGCACUGUAUGAAUCCCGCAGCCUUCUAUGUUCCUUCAGGAGAUAGGAUGGAUUUCAUUGGGCCGAUUGGGGGCAUGUACGAUGCUGGUGAUCAUGAAGUAGAUUCACUGAGAUUGUUAGGGCCAGUUUAUAUGAUGGGUCCAGAGGACGUGCUUGAAGAGACUACAAAUCAACUUAUGCAAGGGGAGACUGAAGAUGCGGUUCAUCGGCAUGACCAGAGAGCAUCAAGAAAUCUGGUGGCAGUUACGAUGUUGGGACUAGCCGAUAUGUGCCUGAAUGUCCCACCGGGAGAAUUGACAUGCCAACUUGGGGGUGAAAGUAGCGAGAAUGUGGCUGAUUCGAAGGAAGAUCCUGAGCUGGAUGAUGAGCACAAGACAGAAUCGACAAUCAAGUCCUUAAAGAAGAAUGAGCAAAGCUAUGAAGAUCCCGAGCUGGAUGAUGAGCACAAGACAGAAUCGACAAUCGAGUCCUUUAAGAAGAAUGAGCAAAGCUAUGAAGUUGGUUGCUUGGAUGGAAACAUCGCAUUGGAUUCCAUUGGUACCAAUUCAGCCCACAUUGCUGACAUGGAAGAGGGCAGUUCGGGAUUAGUACAUCAAGAGGAAGGGGAGGAUCAUCCAAAUCAAUUUGCGAUUCAGUUGGUCUCCAUGGAGAAGGCAAUUGAAUCAUCAAGUGACAAGCUGAAUCUUGACGCUGAGCUAUGGCAAUAUGAGAACGCAGCAGAAGCUGCAAAAGAAAUAUGCUCUGCUGUAAAAUUUCUGUGGUCUGCAAUGGAACCUCAUUUGCUGCAGAUAUUGGCAUGCUUGUCUGUUGCAGGUUUUGUGGCUGCCAUGUUCAGGUACUUUCAAAGAUCAAGAGAGAUGGUUUUACCUGCACGACUACAUAUGCUUUCAAAGUCACCUGCAGAAGUGCCAGUGUUGGUCCCCAAUCAAAUUGUGCAGCUGCCAGUGUACUCUUCAGAGCAACCUACGCAAUUGACAGUUCCAAGACAAGGCCUGUCUGGCAGCUUGGAGGUUCCUAUGGGGUUGCCAUUACCCAAGCCAGACCCAUUUGUCAGCCUUAAUGUUCCUGUGCAAGAGCCAUGGCCCAAGACAGACCCAUUUGUCAGCGUCAAGGUUCCUGCGGAUCAUGGGAAGCAUGAUCAGAAACUUCAGCAGCAAGAUGCUAACAACAUGGAGGCUUCAAAUAGUAAAUUUCUGAAUCACAGAAAUGUUGACAGCUCCAAGCCACCAGUUGUCGAACUACUUGGAGAGUUCACAUUUGCAAACAGCGCAAGAGGAAGGGCUAUCAAGAGCUUGAAUCAGUAUGCUGGAGAUGCUGCAGUUCAGGAAUUGCCAGAAAAGGAUGUGGACAAGAUGCAGAUGAAUUCAAGCAUCGAUCAGACCCCGAGUGUUCGAAGAGGAAGAAAAGAGGAGAACUCUGUAAAAGGAGAUAAGACGGAUGCGACAUCAGCACCACUGACGCCGACUCCGUUGACACCGACUCCGUUGAGACGCUCCAACCGCCUCCGCAACAAGGUGAUUUCACCUUGAGCAAGACGCCGGUCGACCCUGGAUGGCUGGUUCCUUUUGGGGUGUGGGGGACAGCACCUAGUUGUUACCCAAGAAUGCAAAGCUUUGUCUGGUGAACUUCAGAAGCUAGGACAGUGUUACCUGAAAAUAGCUGCAGUAUUACGUUUGGUUUUCUGAAAACCCCGUGAAAUCUGUAUUGACUCCUUUUAGUGCUCAUGCGCUUGUAUUUCUCGUACUGAUGGCUACACUUAAUAGUGGAGUAAUUUGUAAUGAACAAAUCGGUGGUAUUCUAGUUUAUCCAAGUCCUAAAUCGGUGGAUUAUGCUGUUA